AUGCCCAAAAUUCGCCAGACGUCCAUGGGUCCGCUGGGUCACGCCGGUGCCGGCGGCAGCGAUCUUCCCAUACGCGCCCGGCCGUUGCCACUGUCUCAGUCCGAAGCCAGCUUGCCCGUCCGCCGCAGCACGCCCAACUCCGCUGCCGCCUCGCUCUAUGCCUCGACCUUGACGCCGCCCGAAUCGCGGUCUAUGUCGCCCGUCGGUGGCGUCCGCGCCGGAUCUCCCGCCGGCCGCACACUGUCCAUGACGUCAAAUGCGAGCAUCGCCACCACCGCCUCGGCCUCCUCUGCCACCACCAUCACUGCCCCCUCUUCGCAACGCCCAUCGUCCUCUUCCUCGGCCGCCGCCGCCGCCACGCCCGGCGCCGCCUACGCGCGCUCCCUCCUCGACCUACCCGCCGCCGAGAACCCGGGCGACCCGCUCAACCUUGUCCUCAAGGCCUUUGUCCCCCACGUCGCUGUCUACUCGUCUAGCGACACCGACGCGCUCGCCCGCGAAAAGGGCUUCCCCAACGGCCUCUGGGAGCUGCUGCGGCCCUUUGGCGAGCGUGUCGCGGGCCGCGUGCAUGUGCGCGACAGCAACGGCGCGCCGCGGCCCUGGGACGACUUUUCUGUGCGCUUCACCAAGUUUGGCGACAACAUCGAGGCACCCGAGUCGGCCCAGGGCAUCAUUCAGCCGCCGACGAGCCCGCCGCCCCAGCUGGUCAACGACAAGCGCUUUCUCCGCCGCCAGCGCGGGAGCAGCAGCGUGAGCCAUACUAGCCAUGCCAGCAGUAGUGCCAAUGGUGGGCGCAGCCGGGCGGGCACCGCCGACGCGCGGAGCAAUGCGACUGCUGCGCGCAUCCCGAUUGUCGAAGCCAUCGUCGACAAACACCUCACCUACGCAGAGAGUGCCUUUUCCGGCCUGCCGCCACCACCGCCCACACCCGGCCAGGGCCCGCCACCACCACAGCAGCAGCAGCAGCAGCAGCAACAGCAGUACGACGUUGAUGGAACAUCUCCCUACUACGCGCUGUACCUCCGCCGCAUGCUGUCGGGCCUGCCUGUCGCCUGCCACGAGACGUUUGCGCACCCCGUGGCCUGCGUCAUUGCCAUCAGCUCGCGCAACCCGGCCCCCAUCCAGACCUUCCAGGAGCUGUACCGCGACAUCAGCCAGGGCGACCGCCGGCUGCCGCCGUGGGUCGACGGCGACUUUUUACGAUACUAUGUGCUCGUGCACGACGAGGAGAACGGCGACAUUGUGCAGUCCAUGGCGCUCUUUGAGAAAAUGAAGCGCAGCCUGGGCCUGCACUGCCACCUGCUGCGCCUGCGCAGCACCCAGAGCGCCGAAACAGACGACGACAGUCUGCUGCUGCCGCGCAGCGACUGGAUGACGGCCGUCGAAGAGUACGCCGACCUCGUACGCAGCGAAGCCUUUGACGAAGGCGAUGUAGCAGCGAGUGAAGCGGAGGGCGGCGAGGACGAGCAGGCAGGCGGUAGCGCGGCAGCAGACAACGACAUUGUCGACGACCCGACCACGCGGUACAUUUUCGAGUCCGACGCCACGGCCAUCCGCACCUUUGUGCGCGAAAUGGUCACCCAGUCCAUCCUGCCCACGAUGGAGCGCAGCGUGUCCCUGUGGAACGACCAGGUCGCGUCCAAGCGCAAGGGCCUGAGCGGCCGCUUCAUGAGCCUGUCGAAACGCUGGGCCGGCUUCGGCAGCAGCAACAACAGCAACAGCAGCAACGGCGGCGGCCGCGGCGACAGCGGCUCGUCCAACUACGACGCCGCGCGCGGCUACUACGGCGCCGAGGCCAGCGAGGCCAUCCUGCGCAAGCUCGCCGACUACGCCUUUAUGCUGCGCGACUGGAAACUCGCCAUGUCCACCUACGACAUUCUGCGCACCGACUACACCAACGACAAGGCCUGGAAGUACCACGCCGCCGCCAACGAGAUGUGCGCCCUGUCGCUGCUCAUCAUGCCGCCCAGCCUGUCCUCCCGCACCAAGCUCGACUCCAUCAGCAGCAUGCUCGAGCAGGCCUUUUACUCGUACCACACCCGCUGCGGCAGCGCCUACGGCGCCACCCGUGUUGUGGCUCUGUCCCUGGAGCUGCAGCGCCUGCGCGGCGGCGCCUUCGUCGACGAGGCCGUGCGCUGGGGCAUGCGGCUGCUGGACGCCCGCCUCGUCGGCCACGUCGGCGACCCGCUUCUGCGGGAGCGCAUGGCCGUCUGCUGCGCCACGCGCGCCGGCCGCGGCUCUCUGGGCUGGGGCACCUGGCGCCGCAAGUCGGCCUUUUGGAGCGUCCUGGCCGCCGAGGCCUGGGUCGCCCAGGCCAAGUACAUCCAGGCCCAGCGCUGCCUCAACGAGGCCCGCCGCAUGUACUCCAUGCUGCAGAGCGACGACGGCAUCAACGGCUUUGCCCGUGCCCGCGACUAUAUGGCCGGCCUGCAGCAGCAGCUCAAGCACGGCCUGCUGGUCGCCGGUGAGGCUGCGGCCGCUGCGGUCGCGGAGCAUGCAACGGAGGCGGGUGCAGACGUCGACCUGGCCGCAUCCACAACCACCGUCGCCUCGGCGAGCUCAGCAGCAGGCGGCGGCGAACCGGCUGAUAUGGCAGCAGCAGACCCCGAGACAGAAGUCGACGUCGAAGAGGUGCAGCUCGCCGCGGACGAGACCAGUCUCAAGAACGCCCGGCGACGCUCCCGCCGUGACAGCCUGCUGGGCGGUAGUGGCGCAGGACAGGCAGGGCUGGAGUCGGCACCACUACGGACGAGACGACUGUCGGCCGCGGCCGAGCACGAGGACGAUGUCGGCCAGGACGAGUCCGGAUUUGGACAAGUGUAA